UCCACAGAAGCUUUGGAAUUCAUGAAACGGGACCUGGCUGAGUUCACUCAAGUAGUGCAGCAUGACACAGCUUGCACUAUCGCUGCUACGGCCAGUGUGGUCAAGGACAAGCUGGCAAGGACAGAAGGUUCCUCAGGUGCGACAGAAAAGGUGAGGAAAGGGCUCUCUGACUUCCUGGGUGUCAUCUCAGACACGUUUGCUCCCUCUCCGGAUAAGACCAUUGACUGCGAUGUCAUAACACUGAUGGCAACACCCACAGGUACCACAGAGCCCUAUGACAGCGCCAAGGCUCGCCUCUACAGCCUCCAGUCAGACCCAGCCACCUACUGCAAUGAACCUGAUGGCCCUGCUGAGCUCCUUGAGGCCUGGCUCUCUCAGUUUAACCUAGAGGAGAAGAAAGGGGAGAUCGCAGAGCUGCUGGCAACCAGCCCUUCCAUCCGGGCUCUCUACACUAAAAUGGUCCCGGUGGCUGUUUCCCAUUCUGAGUUCUGGCAGCGCUACUUCUAUAAGGUGCAUCGCUUGGAGCAGGAUGAAGCCCGGAGGGAGGCUCUGAAGCAGCGAGCGGAGCAGAGCAUUCACCAAGAGGAGCCGGCCUGGGAAGAGGAUGAAGAGGAGUUCUUGGGGAUGUCACCCCUGCCUUGUGCAAACAUGAAAUUUCCAGAAGCAGCAGAGAAAGAAUCUGCCCCUGCAGCCCUGGAGGGAAGCCACCCCACUGCUCAGAAGGGACCCUCAGAGGAAAGCUGGGCCGUCCUCCCUCCGGAGCCGGCCCCAGCGGAGGGGAGCCCCUCUGAGAGCAGUGAGAGCAUCUCCCUUGUGACUCAGAUUGCAAACCCUCCCUCUGUGCCUGCUGCACAGCUACAGACUGGAGCACAACCAGCCGGGGCCAGAGACGUCUCCCAGAGGCUGCUGGAGGCCACCUCAGAAGAGCAGAGCUCCCUGCCAAAGCCCCCAGAACCUGGUCACCCUUCUGCACCUGCCCGGGAGUUGGCAGCAUCCUCAGAAGAACCGGCUGUUACGAAGCUCAAAGAGGUGGAGAGCAAAGCCCAGGGCAGGACAGAGACUCUGAAAGAGGAGGGACCAACAGAUCUACGAGUCUUUGAGCUGAACUCGGACAGUGGGAAAUCUACUCCCUCCAACAAUGGCAAGAAAGGCUCCAGCACUGAUAUCAGCGAGGACUGGGAAAAGGACUUUGAUUUGGACAUGACUGAAGAGGAGGUGCAGCUGGCGCUCUCGAAGGUGGAAGUGUCUGGGGAGCUGGAAGACGAAGAGUGGGAAGACUGGGAAUAAAGCGCCUGCUUCCAGUGUGUGUCACAGGCUCAUUUCCACCAUCGAAUGUGAAUUAAAUCACGGACUGGCU